AUGGUGGUGGUGACAGCCGGGACUGGAGGAACAAUCACAGGACUGGCGCGGAAGCUGAAAGAGAAAUGUCCAAAGUGUAAGGUGAUCGGAGUGGAUCCGGAAGGCUCUAUAUUGGGGCAGCCGGAUGAGCUGAAUAAGACGGACAAGACGGGAUACGAGGUGGAAGGGAUCGGAUACGACUUUAUCCCCACUGUGCUGGACCGAUCGGUGGUGGAUGAAUGGUACAAGUCCCAAGAUGAAGAAUCCUUCCUGAUGGCUCGGGCUCUGAUCCGGGAGGAGGGGCUUCUUUGCGGGGGCAGUUCUGGCAGCGCCAUGAGCGCAGCGGUGAAGGCGGCUCAGCGGUUGGAGGAGGGGCAGAGGUGUGUCGUCAUCCUGCCAGAUUCCGUGCGCAAUUACAUGACGAAGUUCCUGAGUGAUAAAUGGAUGACCCAGAAGCAGUUCCUGAAGGUGGAGGACCUGGAGGGGAGUAAGCCAUGGUGGUGGAACGUCAAGGUCUCGUCUUUGUCCCUUUCUGCCCCAUUGACCGUCCUUCCAACAGUCAGCUGCAGUCAGACCAUCCAGCUCCUCCGAGAGAAAGGCUUUGACCAAGUUCCCAUCGUGUCCGAGUCCGGGCUGGUCCUCGGGAUGGUGACGCUGGGAAACAUGUUGUCCUCAGUACUGGCUGGGAAGGUGAAACCGUCCGAUCCGGUCACCAAAGUCAUCUACAAGCAGUUCACGCAGGUCCAUCUUGAUGACAAUCUGGGGACACUUUCCCGAAUCCUGGAAACGGAUCACUUUGCACUGGUUGUCCACGAGCAAAUCCAGUAUCACAAUGACGGCUCGUCCAGCAAGAAGCAGAUGGUGUUUGGGGUGGUGACUGCCAUCGAUCUACUGAAUUUUUUGACGAGAGAGCGAGAGCGCCGUGGGAGCGAAUCCAGCGACAGGGACCCCAGUGAAAGAGUCCGACAUUUCAGUGCCUCCUAA